AUUUAUUUUUUUGUAUUAUUUUGUAACAGUUACUACAAGUGUGCAUAUUUAGUGAUCUUUUCGAGGCGUUUAGGUACAUGUAGUUUACUUAUUUUUUUUAAAUUACAAAUCACAAGAAAGACGAAAGCGCAAGCAAAUGCAAACUGGAAAACAAAAUACCGAAUUUCACAUAUGGCACAAUUAUGGCGGGGCGCUCUCGAGGCAGGUGGCUUUAUGGCGCCAACAAGAAGGAAGCUCUAUCGGUGGUGAGUGAAGACCAGUCCAUAUUCGAGUCACCCUUCAGUGGUCCCCAGGCCAUGCACAUGAAGGCAGAGAUCGGCUCGCCUGCGGUGUUCAGACAGGCUUCAGAAGAAAGCAUCGAACCCACUGAACCAGACUGGAGCGGAUCGGCAGCACAAAACUCUGCCAAAAGAGCAGAACACAUCAACGGGACCAGCCAUGAGUCCCCAGUGGACUGUAGUGUGACUAAAAGGACUCGACACAUGAGUAACAGUGAUGGAGGACAGUUGUCUUACCAGGCCUCGUACCCAGAGCCCCGCAGCAGCCCACAGACGGCCACACCACCCAGCAGCACCACAGAGGAGAAGAGGGUCAUCGUACCAGCCGACCCAGAGGUUUGGACACAAGACCACGUGCGGCAGUGGGUGGACUGGGCCAUAAAGGAAUACGCGCUGUCCGAUGUGGACGUGUCCCUCUUCCAGACCCUGGAUGGAAAAGCGCUCUGCAAAUUGAGCAAAGAGGACAUGAUGCGCAUCACCUCCGCAUACAACACAGACAUCCUGCUCUCCCAUCUCAACUACCUCCGGGAGAGUAGUCCCACUUUUUCCUACCCAACAAAUCCAACUAAUACACAACCACAACCUCGAGUACAGGUAAAAGCCGCAGAAAACAGCUUUGAGGAGAUCGGCAGGAGGAACAGUUGGUCCUCAAGUGGAUUGCCAGCUGUCCCUAAAGGAUCUCCAAUUGAACAUCAGCACAAUACCAGAAUUACAGAGCCGCCUCCAAGACUUCCACAAGACCCCUACCAAGCAUUAGGUUCCAUCAGCAGUCGUCUUGCAAACCCAGAAGCGAAACCAAUCCACACCAAGAACCGAACCACCAAACAAAAUUCUAGCCAUCUGCCUGUUUCCAGCACUGACAGGACUGUGGGCUCUGGUCAGAUCCAGCUGUGGCAGUUCUUACUGGAGUUGCUUUCCGACAGCAACAACUCGACCAUCAUCACCUGGGAGGGAACUAAUGGGGAAUUCAAGAUGACAGACCCUGAUGAGGUGGCCAAACGCUGGGGGGAGCGAAAAAGCAAGCCUAACAUGAACUACGACAAGCUCAGCCGUGCCCUUCGCUACUACUACGACAAAAACAUCAUGACCAAAGUGCACGGCAAACGCUACGCAUACAAAUUCGACUUCCAGGGCAUCUCCCAAAGUCACCAAAACCACUCCACAGAGGGAAGCGUGUAUAAAUUCCAGACCGAAGGGUCGUACAUGCAGAGCUACCACAGCCACCAGCCAAAAAUGAACUUCAUAAGCCCACAUUCCACCCCUAUGUCUGUUACAACUAGUAAUUUCUUCACGCCUCAAUCCACCUACUGGAACUCCGCAACCAGUGUGGUUUAUCCCAGUUCACCGAUGCCACGACAUCCCAGCACUCACACUCACUUGAACACUUAUUAUUAAAACAGUCACAUUGUAAAGCCAACAUUGGCUUCUUUGUUGACAACUCUUAAAGAGACAGUUCACCCAAAAUUGUACUCUAUUUCCCCCAUUCUUGACUUGUUCCAAACAUUCUUUACACUAUUAAACAUAAAAGAUAUUUUUAAUAUAGCAGAAAACCUGUUAACACUGACUUCCGUAGUAUUUGUUUUUCCUGCUAUGGAAGUCAGUUGUUUUUACAGCUUUCUUUCAUUCAUUUUCAUCCGCUUUUCCAGGGUCGGGUCACAGGGGUGGUAGUAGAGAACCCCAGACUUCCCUCUCCCCAGACUUCAUCCAGCUCCUCCGGGGGGGAUCCCGAGGUUUUCUCAGGUCAGCUGAGAGACAUAGUCUCUCCAGUGUGUCUUGAGUCUUCCCUGAGGCUUCCUCCCGGUGGGACAUGCAUGGAACACCUCCCUAGGAAGGCAUCCAAAACAGAUGCCUGAGCCACCUCAGCUGACUUCUCUCGGUGUGGAGAACCAGUGGCUCAACUCCAAGCUCCUAUCGGGUGACAGAGCUCCUCACCCUCACUAUAAGGGUGCGCACUGUGAAGGAAACUCAUUGCGGCUGCUUGUAUCCAAGAUCUUGUCCUUUCGGUCAUAACCCAAAACUCAUGAGCAUAGGUGAGAGUAGGAAAAUAGAUUGACCGGUAAAUCAAAAGCUUUGCCUUUAAGCUCAGCUCAUUUACCACAACGGACAGAUACAGUCCCCAUUACUGCUGCCACUUCACUGAUCCGCCUGUCAAUCUCGUUUUCCAUUCUUCUCUCACUCAUGAACAAAACCUCAAGAUACUUGAACUCCUCCACCUGGGGUAAGGACUUUCCUCCAACCUGGAGAUCCAGCUUUCUUUAAAAUAUAUUAUUUUGUGUCCAACAGAGUAAACAAAUUCAAACAGUUCUGGAAAAAGUAAAGGAUGAGUAAAUGAGUUUUAAGUUUGUGGGAAAUAACAAACUGGCAACAUUUCUUGAACAACAAAUGACAAGAAACCACCCUCUGUAGCAGAUCUAAAUACCAUUAUUAUUCAGUAGUAUUGUUGUACAGUAUAUAAGCAUGUUAAACAACUGCACCCCUUAGGGUUAUAUUGUAAAUAUGUUUUGCAUGUUUCAUAAGAAUGCUCUGACAUCACAUGCAUGUAUACUCAACCCUGAUGCUUUAAAAUGUAACAUUCCUUUGUAUGCUUGUGUUCUUGUACAGGUUGCUUGUGGUAUGUUACCAAGUUGAAUGGUAAUCAUCACCUUUACACUGUAAGCGUUACAUUAUAUUACAAAAUAAAACUGAUAAACGGCUGCA